CUCUCAGCCAUCAUGCACCAGGUUGGGACUCCCUCCCUACGCCCUCUGACCUCUCUCCGUUAAUCUGCAUAGAGGAAUGACAAGCAUUUUAGCUGAGCAGAAACAGACGGGGUGUAGAGGCUGGAGCAGAAAAAGGGUUGGGUGUGUGUACUAGAGAGAGAGAGACUGGAGUUGUGAAAGUUCUCAUUAACCUCUGUGUGAGAGCGAAGGGGAGUUAGCCUUUCUUUCGGGAGAGAAAGUGAAAAUGAAGCUGGGUAGUGUUGGUGGUUGGAGGAGCUGCGUCUCUCUGAUGUGUCUGGGACAGUUCUGACGACCUGCCGACUUCAUGCGAGCGGGGAUAGCAAGGAGUCCUGUUGAAGCAGGAAGACUAUGGGGCAGACUUCAGUGUCAAGCUUCCCCGAGGCUACGAGCGGACAACUCAGUUGAGAGCGAAAGAGGCUGGCUUGGCUAAAGCUGCUGGACCUGAGUUUUGUUCUCCGUGGGAGUCAUGCACGUUGGCAGAUUGGAAAGUGACGGAAUUUCCUGUGUCACUAGAAUGAACACUUUGAACGCUCGUUACAGCGAAGUCACUGCUGAUGGACUGGAAAAGUACUCGAUCACAAACUCUGAAGGACUGCCCUCUGGAUCUGGGACGCCGCCACUGAAGCGAAAAAGCAAGCUGGCAUCCAUUGGCAAAAUCUUCAAACCAUGGAAGUGGCGGAAAAAGAAAGCAAGCGAGAAGUUCCAAGAGACAUCUGCGUUGUUGGAAAGGAAGAUAUCAACGAGACAGAGUCGGGAAGAGCUGAUAAGGAGAGGAGUUCUCAAGGAGGUUGCUGAGCAGGAUGGAAAUGCUGAGACGACAUGCAGAAAUGGACACACGAUACACGCUGUACCCAUCACAUUAGAACCAACAGCAGAAAGCAUGACUGAAGCUGGCUCAACAAACCCAGCCCCUCCACUGCCAGACCCAGAAACACCAGAAGGCUGCCUUGUUUGUACAGUCCAAACUUCUCAGGAAGCCCAGCCAUCACCGUUGCCGGUGCCCCAUCUCACUGUGUCCACUCUCAUCUCCGCUGCUGCUGAAGAAGUUGAAGGUGUUAAACCAAGCCCCCAGCCUGUGUUGAAGUGCCUGUCUGUGCCCCCGAAGCCAAUCUGCUGGAGCAAGAAUGUGGAGCACGAGGCCUGCGAUUUGAAAGUACUCCCCAAUUUGUUGUCAUCACCUCAGUCGCCAUCACAGCUUCAUUCAGAGGUGAACACUGAUCAAGCCCAAGACCUGUCACGCUUCCCAGGCACGGGGGACACACACAGGAAUUCUGGAAAACAUUCCGACUUUCCUACUCAACCUCAGUCUCUGCGACUGGGUGAAAGCGACUCCUUUGGGCUCCCAGCUGUAACGCACCUAGUGCCAGAGCCUGGAGACCACGAUGAGAAGACAAAGGCCAGAACUGAAAAAUCGGAGAAAGCCGCUGAUCAACAGGUUGAUCAGCCUGACCUAUCCCAACAACAAAGCGUUAAGAAGGGAGCUUCCCCCACUCUGCCUGGCAAGCCUGAUGUUACUGAUGGAGAAGGAAACAUGUCUGAGCAGCAGGCAGAGAAAGACCUGACAACAACUGAAGAAACAGAGAAGGGCAGUAGCUGUGAUGAAGUUGACAGGAGUGAGAAGUCAGAGACCGCUGUGAGCCCUCUCACCAAGAAGACCCAUGUCCAGCUCGACAGUUCCUCCCUUGUCACUGUCAUUCCCAAUGUACGCUAUCGGGAAUCUCUGGGGAGUGACUCUGAUUCUGACAGCUCGCUGCAAGACAAGACCGAAUCUGAUGAAUCAGAUGAAGACGAGGAAUGUUUAAACAGUGCUCUCGCCAAUAAGAUACGACGGAGAGACACGCUCGCCAUUAAACUCCGCAACCGACCGACCAAGCAGGAGCUGGAGGAGAAGAACAUCCUGCCCCGCAAAUCAGAUGAGGAACGGAUGGAACUGCGGCAGCAAAUUGGGACCAAACUCAUCAGGAGGCUGAGCCAAAGACCUUCACUGGAAGAACUGGAACAGAGGAACAUCUUAAGAUAUCGAAAUGAAGAGGAGGAACAUGAGGAGAGACUGGAGAUCAGGAGGAGGCUGACUCGCAAGCUUAGCCUCAGGCCGACAGUGGCAGAGUUACAAGCCCGGCGCAUUCUGCGUUUUAACGAGUAUGUAGAAGUGACAGAAGCUCAGGACUAUGACCGACGAGCUGACAAACCCUGGACCCGGCUGACACCUGCUGAUAAGGCUGCAAUACGGAAAGAAUUAAAUGAAUUCAAAAGCCGGGAAAUGGAAGUGCAUGAAGAAAGCCGACAUUUAACGAGGUUUCAUCGGCCAUGAAGCAAGCAACAGAGGCUCAGGGAGAGACACUGAAAUUGUCAAGGAUUGAAGAUGGUGCGUGAGGCUACGCUGUAUGUGUUCUGUGCACCUUCCCUGUCGAGAGGCAGACGUUCAACAGAGGGCUGACCAUGCAACAGCAACAAAACCAUCUCACACACACACACACACACACAAAAAAACGAAGUUUUAAUAUCUAAGUAAUUUUUUUAAAAGAUUCUUUCUUUCUCUGUGGAGGCAGGCUGGCUUCUUUUGUUGAGACGGGAGGGGGAAAAAGAUG